AUGAAAAGAGAAGAUUAAAUAUAUCUCUCAUCUUUAUAAAUUUGGAAUGCAAUGGAUACUCCUAUUCAUUAGAGUACAAAUCUUUUUAGUGAAAAAUUUAAAUAAGGUUCUGAACUUCAUUACAAUUACAAACAACCAUUUUGUUUACAGCAUCCUGAAAAAAAAGCUAAAUAUAUUUUAAUUAAUUCUGAAGGAUCAAAUGAAAAGCUUUGCACAAAAUGUGCUAUUGUGUUUGCUUAAUAAGGACAUAAAAUUUAAUUAAUUGAAGAAGAUAAUGCUAAGAAGAAAUAAACUGACUCUUUUAUCGAUUAAUUGCUUCAAACUAAAAGUGAAAUAGGGAAUAUACAUUCACAUUUCUUAUGCACUGAGGCAAAUCUCAAAAAGUUUUAUAAUGACUAAUAUACAAAAGUUGUUAGAACAUUUGGAAACAUUGAGAAAUAACUUCAAUUGUGCAAAUCAGAUUUACUUAUUUCCUUAUCAUAAUCACUUUGGUCUGGAAUAUAACUCACAAAUUAAUUAAAAUUACAAGCUAAAUAAGUGGAACAUCAAUUGGUAACAUAUAUUAAUGAUAUUACAAAUCAUUAUGAUCAAAUAGUAUAGAUGAGCACUCUCCCAUUUAAUUAAAUUAUGGGUGGCUACAGUAGUAAACUAUUUAAACUUUAAUAAUGUCUUAAAGAGAUUUAAGAGAAUAAUAUUCCCUAUCUUCAUUAUGAGGAUAUAAGCGUCUUGAAUGAAAAGCAUUAGCCAACAGACGCAAGAAAUCAUGAAAGCACUAGGUCAAGUUCAGGAUAAAAAACCUGCAAAAGUGUAGAGAAAGACAAAAGACCUUAUAGUUAACCUAAUAGUAAAGAUGCGCAUUGUAGUGAUAACUCUGGAAAAAAAACUAAAUAAAACUUUAAAAUAACUGAACAAUCUAUCGAAGAUUGGAUGGAAAACUCGAAUUCAAAAUAAAGAAAAACUGAACCUGCUGAAAAAAUAGCAAGUCCUAAUCUUUAGGCCAUAAAAUUUGUUAAUAAGUAAAUGCCUCCAAACAGAGUGUCUAUGAAACAAGAAACAAACUAAGCAAUGCUUAAUAAAUUAAUAAAUGAAUUCUCCUAAAUCAAAAAAGAUAGAGUCAAAACUAUGUAAUCAAAAACUCCUGAAUUAGGUAAAUCUAAAUAAUAGGCAAUUCCUAAUAAAUUCUCCCCAAAGUUUCUUUAUAAAAAUUAUUAUAAAUGA